CACCACGUGCUUUUGUCGGAGGACGCUCUGACGCAGUAUCCAGCCUUACAGGAAGUUCCAGCUUCCCUGUGGGCCACACACAAAUAUGAUGUAGGUUUGAUCAAAGGGUGUGACCCAGUGGUCAUCACGCCAAAAUCUGACUACAGACCAUGCAAACAGCAAUACCCUUUAAAGAGAGAAGCAAUUGAAGGAAUAACACCGGUGUUUAACUCUCUUUUGAAAGCAGGAGUCAUCGUCCCAUGUGACAACUCUCCAGUGAGGACUCCACUCUUCCCAGUUAAGAAAAUCAGAGACAAAGGACAGCCAACAGAAUGGAGGUUUGUCCAGGAUCUGCAAGCAGUAAAUGCGGCGGUCCAACCACGCGCGCCUACGGUGAAAGCGGCUCUGCCCAAACAGGCGACAGAACCACUGCACAUCAUUCAACCAGGAGACUGGGUGAUCAUUAAGGAGCUUCGCAGGAAGCACUGGAACUCAAAGCGGUGGCAAGGUCCCUUCCAAGUCCUUCUGACGACCAACACGGCUGUGAAGAUUGCAGAAAGAGCGACUUGGAUCCACUCCAGCCACUGCAGGAAGGUCCCGGCUCCGACAGACGACCCUCCAUCUACAUCUACACCACACGAGAAAACCACCACUGACGAAAAGAAUUGAGAAGGACGACCCUCACUCUGCUCACACACGCACUGAGGCGAGGCUGCGUUGACCGUUCAGCUGAAGGUGUGAGCCAAGCGCCGCCUGAAGCUGCGCCGGUGAAUCACACUAUCUGACCAUACAUCUACACACACACGUUCCUGAGAAAACACACACACGAGCAGCCUUGAGUUGCCGACGCUGGACGACGUGUAGACUCUUCACAUCACUGGGAGUGACAGUGACUCAGACGACAUUGGGAGGAAACCUGGCAGUGAUAACGAACCCCAAGUGUCUCUGUGAUCAGCUGAUCACAACCUGAAGAACCCCAAAGAACUGUCAAGGUGUCAACAAACAGGUUGGAAACAAUCUAACGCUACUAUUCAACAGGAAGAAGAAGACACUGAUUGUGACCCUGUUGCUUUGAUCCUUAUUGUAUGUUACUUUAAUAUUUGCUCUAAAUUGUGUGGUUGAUUUACAUGUAUGCCUCUCUGUGAUUUUAUCUACUAUUUUUGAACGAAAACAUUUUACGGUCCAGACUCCUCCACUGGCUGCAUAGGGAAGCUCUAAACUCAAACACUCAUACACAAAUGAAAUAAAUCAAUCAAUCACACAAAUACAUAAACAUAAUACAAACAAACAAUAAUCAAUAAUCUGUGCUGUUGCACUCCUCCUAUUCCAAACAAUAAUAUAACUUCAAAUUAAAUACCGAACCGACUACAAACUCCCAUUAAUCAGUAGUUGAGGCCAGAGCUUUCAAAAUGGCGCCUGGUUGUGAGGUCACUCUCUUUACCAAACCAAUUGGAGCACAUGAGGUGAGUCAAUCAAUGUCCAUUUGAGUUAUUUAAACCUGUAAAAUAAAGUUACUUUAAAGUAUGGUUAUGGGUUGUGUUAUUUAACAAAUUGAGGCGCUAAGGAGUUCCAUUAGUAAUGGAGA